GGGCGGGGCUCGGGCGGUGGGGAACGGCCGCGGUGGCGUCGGCUGCCUGCCGGACUCAUUGGGCGCGUGGUGCGGAGGGAUACGGCGGCCGGGCGUUGGAGCGGGGGGAGGGCUGAAGCGGCGAAGAAGAGGGACGCCCUGCUGACGGCCGCCCCGGCAACAUGGCCUCGGAGCUGGAGAGCCUCAACCCCAGCGCGCGGAUCAUGACCUUCCGCCCCACCAUGGAGCAGUUCCGGGACUUCAGCCGGUACAUCGCCUACGUGGAGUCGCAGGGCGCCCACCGCGCCGGGCUGGCCAAGAUAGUUCCUCCGAAGGAGUGGAAGCCGCGGCGGUGCUACGAUGACAUCGACGAGCUCGUCAUCCCAGCGCCCAUCCAGCAGGUGGUGACAGGGCAGUCCGGCCUCUUCACGCAGUACAACAUCCAGAAGAAGGCCAUGACAGUCCGUGAGUUCAGAAGAAUCGCCAACAGCGACAAGUACUGCACACCCCGCUACACGGACUUUGAAGACCUUGAACGAAAAUACUGGAAGAACCUUACAUUCAAUGCCCCUAUCUAUGGUGCUGAUGUUAAUGGCACGCUUUAUGACAAGCAUGUGGACGCGUGGAAUAUUGGCAGAUUGAACACGAUCCUGGAUAUCGUGGAGAAUGAAAGCGGCAUAACCAUUGAAGGAGUGAAUACUCCUUACCUAUAUUUUGGCAUGUGGAAAACGUCCUUUGCUUGGCAUACCGAGGACAUGGAUCUCUACAGUAUUAAUUACUUGCAUUUUGGGGAACCCAAGUCAUGGUACUCUAUCCCUCCAGAGCAUGGGAAGCGACUGGAGAGACUCGCAAAAGGUUUCUUUCCAGGAAGUGCCCAAAGCUGUGAAGCGUUUCUUCGUCACAAGAUGACCCUCAUCUCUCCAUCAAUUCUAAAGAAAUACGGCAUCCCAUUUGAUAAGGUGACACAGGAGGCUGGAGAGUUCAUGAUAACCUUUCCUUAUAGCUAUCAUGCUGGCUUUAAUCAUGGCUUUAACUGUGCCGAAUCUACCAACUUUGCUACUCUUCGGUGGAUUGAGUACGGAAAGCAGUCUGUACUGUGCUCGUGUCGGAAGGAUAUGGUGAAGAUCUCCAUGGAUGUGUUUGUGAGGAAGUACCAGCCGGAUCGUUACAAGCUUUGGAAAGCCGGGAAGGACGUGACUGUCAUUGACCAUGCUCUUCCAACCCCAGAGGCAGCAGAGUUCCUUAAAGGGGAUCUCAUGCAAAAAGUCAAGAAUGGGAAACAGUGUGCUGAGGAAAUGGAAACAGGAGAGACAUGUAAAGAGGAGGUGGACGGGGAUGAGACAAAAAGCAUCCCCAGGCAUCGCAUAGGAACAAAAAGGCACAGGGUCUGCCUGGAAGUGCCUCAGGAGGUGAGUGAGAGCGAGGCCUUUCCCAAGGAGGAGCUGAGCUCCGCACAGUAUGAAGCGGACAUGGCAGAGCCUCGUGAGGGACCUGCAAGUGAACUUCCACAGCAAGGUGAACAAGGGCUCAAGCUUCCAGAUCGUGUGGACUCGGCCAGAUUUGAAGAACUGAAAACAGUGAAGCUUGAGGAGGAAGAAGAGGAAGAGCAAGAAGCAGCUGCAUUGGAUCUCUCCAUUUCACAUGCUUCAAAUUCCACUUCAGUUUUGACGACUUCGAAGCAGGGCACAACUUCCAGCAUGCAGCCUAGCUCGCCUGUGUAUUCUGGUUCUUCAGACUCUGAAUCGACUGAUUUGUUGGCAAAACGAACUCUUCCUGGGCCAGCUGGGGUGCUUACAGUCCAUAGCUAUGCUAAAGGGGAUGCCAGCGGAUCUGACAACGAACAGACUUCAGGAAAGAAAGCCAGUGCCACCGCCAGUGUGAAUGAACAAGAACUAGCAGAGGUAGCAAAGGAGUACAUAAGAUCAAUGAAGGAGAGUAAGAAGUCCAAGGGUCGUCGCCAGCCAUUGAGCAAGCUCCCGCGCCAUCACCCACUCUUGGUUAAAGACUGCACUAGUGAUGAUGAGGCAUCAGAGCAACUAACUCCUGAAGAAGAGGCUGAGGAGACAGAAGCAUGGGCCAAGCCACUUAGCCAGCUGUGGCAGAAUCGGCCACCAAAUUUUGAGGCUGAAAAGGAAUACAAUCGGACCAUGGCUCAGCAGUCUCCUUACUGUGCUGUUUGUAUGCUCUUCCAGACGUACCAGGCAGAGUGUGGAGGCAACAGUCAAAACUCCGGAGUAACUCCAGCUGCUGUGGAUGGGAAGAUCCGAACCAAACCCCUGAUUCCUGAAAUGUGCUUUACUACAACUGGCUGCAGCACUGACCUCAAUCUUUCAACCCCCUACUUAGAGGAAGAUGGAACCAGCAUCCUCAUCACCUGCAAGAACUGCCAUGUCUGUGUUCAUGCAAGUUGUUAUGGUGUAUCCCCUGACAAGGCCACUGAAGACUGGAUGUGCUCCAGGUGUACAGAAAAUGCCUUAGAAGAGGACUGCUGUUUGUGUUCAUUACGUGGAGGAGCACUGCAGAGAGCCAAUGAUGACAAGUGGGUUCAUGUGAUGUGUGCUGUAGCUGUACUGGAGGCAAAAUUUGUGAACAUUGCAGAGCGGAGUCCUGUAGAUGUUGGCAAAAUCCCCCUGCAGCGUUUCAGACUGAAAUGCAUCUUCUGCAAGAAAAGAAGAAAGAGAAUUGCAGGUUGCUGUGUGCAGUGCUCACAUGGUCGAUGUCCCACAUCCUUUCACGUCAGCUGUGCCCAAGCAGCAGGAGUCAUGAUGCAGCCUGAUGACUGGCCAUUUGUUGUCUUCAUUACCUGCUUCAGGCAUAAGAUUCCGUCUCAGGCAGAGCGAGCUAAGGCUGCACUCCAGGAUCUGUCACCUGGACAGAUAGUCAUCAGCAAGCACAAGAAUGGCCGCUUCUAUCAAUGUGAAGUGGUCAGCCUUGCAAAGGAGACUUUCUACGAGGUCAACUUCGAUGAUGGUUCCUUCAGUGAUAACCUGUAUCCAGAAGACAUUGUGAGUCGAGACUGUCUUCAGUUAGGUCCCCCUGCUGAAGAUGAAGUUGUGCAGGUGAGAUGGACGGAUGGACAAGUUUAUGGAGCCAAGUUUGUUGCAUCACAUGCCAUCCAGAUGUACCAGGUGGAAUUUGAGGAUGGCUCGCAGCUGAUGGUGAAAAGGGAUGAUGUGUAUACUCUUGAAGAGGAGCUUCCUAAGAGAGUGAAGUCAAGGCUGUCGAUAGCUUCAGAUAUGCGCUUCACAGAGAUCUUCGCAGAGAAGGAGGUCAGACAAGAGAGGAAGAGACAAAGAGUGAUCAAUUCACGCUACCGUGAAGAUUACAUUGAACCUGCAUUGUACCGGGCCAUCAUGGAGUAAGCGCUGCCUGUGGCAGAGGAAGAAGAUGCCCACCUCCCCCAAGGAUUUAAAUGCUCCAGUACAACAGGCCAUAUUUGGAUGCUUCGAAUCCAGGGUUUUUUUGUUUUGUUUUUUUAAGGAAGCUAAAAAGCUGAUGCUCUGCAGUAGCUGAAAGGCAGCUGUUGGAUAGUGAAAGAGAUCCCAUUUGCUGAAGCUGAUGCCUGCAGACUCCUGGUCUGAAGUUGGGUCCUUACUGAAUAAGCCAGCUUGGGGGUGUCCGCUUUCAUCUCGUCAAGCAGUCUUGCUUUUUCUAUUAGAGACAAUUUUGACAGGUGGCAAACUCUUAUGGGAGUUGUAGCCAGGAAUCUUGGCAGCUGCAGAAUAGUAUGGUCUAUUGUUUUAAUUGAAUAAUGUUCCUGAUUUUGGGAGUCUCCCUGGUGACCACACCUGGGCUUGAGCAGGCAGUAUUACCGGUGCUUGAAUUUGAACCUCUUUUUAUAUUUAUAUCCAUCUUUUUGUCACAAGCAGCUUCAGUCUCUUGUUUCUCAGCACCUCCUUUCUGAGGGUUGAGCUGUAGGCUGUUCAGAUCCAAGCAGACAGGAGGUGCUUGUGUGAACAGGUGAAAUGUGAAAUUGAAUCCUAUAGGACAAAUUAUUUAACCCUCCAUUUAAUAUUUUUGUUCUGAUACUUGUUUUGACUUACUCUAAUCCUAAGUUUAACUGUAAUAGUAUGUGCCUCAGAAUCAAUGAAAUCUGUCUGGAGCCCUGCGCAGUGCAGCCUUCUAACAAGAAUAAGCAUUCAGCUCCCAACAGACAUUCAGCUCCCAAAGAGUUUCUUUUGAGGUUCUCCCAGCCCUCUUUAAGGCAAUAAUAACCAAAGGGACAGAGUCCUAACUCUCCCUUCGUGAAAUCCAAGCAUCACAGUAUUGGGGAUGACAGGGCAGGGGUAUCUGAAGCAGUGCAGUACGUCUUCUGUGGCAGCGCUGUCUGUCAUGUGGCCGCAGGCUUUUGCUUACAACAGCUAAUAUUGGGUCUGAGACAGAUAAAGCAUGCACUGAACUGUAUGUAUUACUGAAAGGCUGUGCAAUGCUCUUCUGAAGCAGGAGUGCUGCUGUGUUGCUGUCUGGCAAAGGUUACCGCAGCGUUUUUUAUAGAGUAUUAGUAGGGCACAUCUCAGUUGUGUUGGAGAGAACUUGCUACCCCAGCAAUAGGAAGUUGAGUUAAGCUGGGGAGUAGGUGUACCUGGAAGAUGUGCCAACUUGCUCCUAGUAAUUUAAGCAUUAACACACCACAGUAGGAGUCGUGUAAAUACAUGUUCCUUUCCCAUUCUGUAGGAAAGGGAUUUUAGGAUGUGGAGCAGAUUGGCCACCUUCUUUUUGCAUGGAAUGAUGGGGUGACUUUUCCUGCUGGAGAAAAUUAUGGUUCCAUGUUCUCCAGAACAGUUAAAGAGAAUUUUCUAGUGAAACAGACCUAAUGCAUCCCUGCUUCUAUAGGGACAUGGCAAUGUGUCUGCAAAGUCUGGAUUUGUAACUCUUUUUUCCCUUUUGUUACAUAGGAACGCUAUAAACCAAACUCUUCUGAAACCCCAGUGCAUCGAUUUGUGAUUAGCAAUAAAAUGUAGUAUUGUGUAGUGAUACAACUCUUGAUCAGAAAAGAAAUAAACUACAACUUUUAUAAAGAAAAUCUUACUUAGCCCUACAUUUUUAUAGGGUCAGGAGGCUGAUAUGAAUAGCAAAGAUUUGCACAAGCACUAUUUUGCAUAGAGGUAUUCUGUCCCAUUUUUGUGGUGGGAUACCUCAUUCAUCAGUAUUGGAAGGCUUAAACAGAUUUUGAAAGGAAAUAGUGGCUUUCCUUUGUGGUGGUGUUUUUGGGUUUUUAUUUGUUUGGGUUUGUUUGGUUGGUUGUUUUUUUUUUUUUUUUUCUUUUCCGCAUGUCCAAAACUCCUGGUCUCAGGGUAUUAAAUCGCUUUCUGAUGAAUGGGAUAGUUGGCUUGAUAAAACUAGGAUCUGCUAAGACUGAAGUCUAGUAGCUGCAGUUACUCUGGUCUAGGCAACGGGAAUGAAAUCGCACUUUGACAUCUUAGCUUGUACGUAAGCCUCUCUGAAGUGAUGUGCUGUGAGCAAACGUGGAGAAGAGCUGGCAGGGCUUUAACAAACUUGCCUCUGUUCUGUCAGCGUAUCUUAAGAUUUGGUAUUAGCUUCUUGUAGGCUGAACACUACCUGUACAUUACUGAAAAACAUACUCUUCGUAUCAUCGGCCAUUCUCCCUCCAGAGAAAAUGUGCCUGUGUUCAGGCUUUCUUCCCAAACUGCCAUGUAACUUAAACGCACCUUUUAGGUGCCAUGAGCUACCUGUGCUGCAAAACACCUGGCUCAACAGCUUCGUUCUAAAAUGAUGACCUAGUAUGAAACAGCUGGAUUUGGAGUGCUGUUGUUCAACUGCAGCAGGUUUUGCCAUCCACCGCUAACAGUAUUGAGUGACUUUCAGGAGUUCCUGUGCCUAGUAUUUGUUCUGGAAGAGGAGCUUUAUUUUGCUGCGUUUUCUGCGGGCUCCAGAUUUGCUCUUGUCAGUUGGCUGCACUGUGUUAGAAACCGCUGCCAUCCUGCACUCUUGAGACAAAGGGCCUUCCCAUUUUUCCUGUCAGUUCUUGUGCUGCAUGGCUCAAAUGUGAGCAGUGAUUGAACUGCAUUUUAGCCUCUCCCCGUGAACUUAAAAUUGGUGACCCUGAUGUUUGAAGGGUCUGUAUUAUUUGACUUUGCAACAACAAUUGGGUUUAUGGCUUGAAGUAUAACAGGCAGCAAUAAAAGCUCUUUACAGAGUAGCUGUCUCGAAGGUACAUAUGCUUUCCAUUACCUGUACUUUGAUCUUGAAUGAUAAUAAUUUUCUCCAGUGGUUUGUUUUUGGAAGUGUAUCUAUCCCUGUUACAGCAUCAUUCCAGUGAGGACAAGGUGCUGUCAGCAUAUCAGCUAGGCAGGUGCUUCUUGAAUGUGUUCAGUAGGAGAUCACGCUCAAUACGCCCCACGGGAGCUCUGAUGGCCCUUCGUUAGGUCCAUUGCAUGUGAUGCUGCAGGCAGUUGACCUCCUCACUUCACUUUUCAUGAAGCUUCCAUCUGUGACUGGUUCAGGUUGGACCCAUAAAAAGCAUUUUUAGUAUAAACAAAUAGUGGCUUGCUCUUGAUUCAGGAUGAGCUUGGCAAGCCAGUGAUUACUUUUUAUAAGGUUUAAAAAGGUGACUCUAUUCUUUGUAAAGCACCUGAUUGCAGUAGUGUUUCUGCCUGUGGCUGGACUUCUGGGAGACCUCUUUUCUCCAUCAACAGACCCCUCAGAUGACCAGAGACAGUACCGUCAGUAGGAGGACCCAUUCUCCUUGCUCCUUCUCUCUCUUCCCAGUGUUUUGAGCUGGGUUGAAUUGAUUCUGCACUGUUUGAGGAGCAUAGCCACAUAUCCCAAGGCUUCCCAUGCAUCUCUGUUCUUCCGUUCUGUAACUGGGCUCCUGUUGUCUGACAUGUCUGCAGUUGUGCUUGGUUGGUUGUUUUUUUGGUUGUUUUUUUUUUUUUUAAAUGCAAACAUGGGAUGAAAUCAAGACUCUGGUAGCCUGUAUAUUGUUUUCAAUUUGAUCAAGUAAUAAAUCUAAUUUCAAAA